CUGCAUCCACUGAGAGCUGACAGUCAUGGCUGCACCGAAGGAGAAUUUAAUGUCUCUUGGAAAUCUGACCGGCGCUGACAGAAACACUUUCACUCAACAAAGACAGCCCAGUCUGAAACACAGUUUUCACGGGCCAAUGCUGGUGCGAGCUGACUUUUCAACUCCUCAGAGUCGCCAGCAUCUCAGAGAGAUGCAUCUGAGGAGGCAGUGGCAGCAGCUGACGGAGAGAGAGCGUUCAGCCCAGCAACACAACAGGCAGCUUCUGCAGCAGUUUGACACAGCACAGGACGUACUGAGAGAGUUGCUGGCCCGCAACGCUGCCAUGAAGACUGUCCGGCUGGAGUAUGAGAAGUACCUGGAGGAGAGCGCCCCCCAAUGGCAGCAGCACCUCAAGGAGAAAACUGCUCAGAGGAAGAGGAUGGAGGAAUAUUUGAGAUCAUGUCUGAAGAAUUCAGAGGAAGAACAAAUGAGAAAAUCCUCUGCAGAGCAACUUUUACUUUUACAAGGAUUAAAGCCACAGAACUGUUCUGCACUUCAAGAGAACAACAAACAAAACAGCCGCUCAGACAACAACCAGGAAUUCUCCCCUCAUCUGCCCUGUCAUUCUUCCUGGCUCACCAACACUCAAACCCAGUCAGCUAGGUUUCCCACCAACAUGCCCCAUCAACCCCAAGGUUCCUCUCUUGACCUUUCAUCCCACCUCCCGCCUUCCUCCAUCCUCCCUCACUUCAACCAAUUCCACCACCUCGCCCCCAUGCUCGCUCAUCUUCCCCUCUGGCCCAGGCAGGAUCAACCAGGCUGGGCUUCCCUUCAGUCCGACAACCCCUUGUCCUGGACGGCAGGUGCUACUGGGAUCCCCUCAGCCUUUGAGGCUCUGUGGGGUCAGCUGCACAUGGAUGAACCUCCACACGAGAGGUUGGUGGAGGCUGAGACAAGAAGAGCACCAAGAGAGACGGGUGGUGAAAGCAGGAGCAGUCACUGCUCACAGGAGCUGGACAUUAAUCCAGUGCGUCUGUCCAGUGGCCAGGCAGAGAGCAGUGAGAGUGGCAGAGACUCCAGUCAGUCAAGCAGAGAGAAGUGGAAGAAGAGGGAGAAGAGAGGAAAAGCAAAGCGUACGUCCUCAGACAGAGAACGCUGCAGCUCUCAGGGCUCAUCUCAGACUUCCAGUUCAAUUGUCAUUGCUGGAGUCACAGUGGUCCAAAGCGAUGCCUCGUGUGGGAACAGCAGGACAAGCGGGGGCCAGAGGACAAAGAGGAGGAGUGGGGGACUCGCUGUGGGAUCACCACAGAUCGAGAAGGUGGCGAAUGACAAGACCAAGAGUGAAGGAGAAGACUCUGAGAGUCACAAAGAGGAGAGUCACUCCACUGGAGAGGAGUCAGGGAGUCAGAGGGAGGACUCCACGAGCAAAGAUGCAGAGAAUCAAAGACCUGUUGACAAAUCAGACAGAGAGGAGGAAUCAGAGAGUGACAGUGUGAAGAUUGAAAAUGGAGAUGCAGAAAAAGAAAUGCAGGAGAGCAACAGUGGUGCUGAACAAAACAGUGAAGAAGAGAUAGAUGAGGAAGAAGAGGAGCAUAAGAACGAUCUUGGAGAUGGGGAGGAAAAGAAGAAAAGUCAGAGAGAUGAAGAGAAAGACGUGAGACAUGUGGAUGACGAUGACGAUGAUGUUUCUGGCAGGAAGAACACAACAGAGGAAGAGCAGACAGAAGCAGAGGAAGAGUUGGAGGAUCAGGGAGAUGAUGAAGACAGGAUUAAGGAUGAAGAUGGGGAGAAGAGAAAACAGGGUUCUGCCUCCUCUCAGGAUGAAGAGGAUGAAAGAGUCGAGAACAAGGUAUGUGAGGUUGAGGAGGGGUCUGAUGAAGAGGAGGAUGGAGAGGGAGAGGAGGAAGAGGAGCAGAGGAGUGACGAAGCAGGAGAGGAGGAAAGCGAUUCUGAUGACAGUAUCAUCUCACCACAAGAAAACAGACUGAAGAAGAUUCACAUAAUUCCAGAGGAAGUGGCUGAAGAUGAUGACGACGACGAUAAGUCAGGGAGUAAAACAGGAUCCUCAGACAGGGAUGAGCUCAGCGAGAACGAUAUCGAGAAUCUCCUCGCACCUCAACAACAAACAAAGAAAACAGGCAAGGACCUGAAAGUUGAUGACAAGGCUAAAGCAACUUGUGACUAUGUGGAGAUUUUUCAAGUGGAGGACAAUUCAAAAAAGACGGACCAACAAAGUGAUUCUGAUGAGUUUGACGACUUUUACGACUGAAUGUGUUUUAAAUUACUAAACCUGAGAAUCCAUCAAUCCGUUAUCUAUUCUGCUCAUCAUGGAAGGGUCACAGGGGGGGCAGGCGGGAGCCAAUCCCAGCUGAUACUGGGUGAGAGGCGGGGUUCACCCCGAGCCAACAGCUAGCUCCAGAGACAUUCACGCCUAAUGCACAUCUUUGGACUGUGGGAGGAAGCCGGAAUACCUGGAGAAAACCACUCUAACCUCCGUGCCACCUAUAAACCUGAGAAUGAAGCACAGAAACCUACAGCGGUCAUCCAGACUGCAGGAUAUUAAGAUUAUUUAUGAGAAAUAAGGUGACACAUCUGUAUCUAAUGUUGUAUAUUAAAAUAAAACAUCACCUGGAAUAACA